AUGCCCACACUGUCGGCGAAAAUUCCGCGCAUUGAUCGACCUGGUCUGGCAUCUCCGGACCCAAUGCAACAACGACCCGACAACUCCACCUGCCGCCUCCUUAAAAGCCUCCAUCGUCACUCCGUGCACCAACCCCCACGGCGACCACCCCCACCACCACCGCCGGUGAUCGCACUCCUAAUGUCCCACAGCCGACGUCGACGGCGACCACCAUCCCCACAGUCACCAUAA